AAUUUUGUUAAUGAAAAAUUCUUUUUUUGACACGAAGCAACAUGGGUGAUUCCAAUUGGCAUAACUUGAGUUGAUGUACUUGAUUGGUUUAUUUGUAAAUUUCGACCAAUGAAAUGUUAGGACACAUCAUCGUUUGAUUAAUUUCAAUAUGGCUGCGCUCAUGACUUUGCGGAAACUGGGCUCCUUUCCAUUGACAAUACCAUACGUGGCAUUAAGAGGAAUUAGUACAACCUGCACAAAUGCUGCUACUGUCAACAAGAACCGGCUACAUGUUCGUGUGGGGAGGUUUAAGCCAAGCAAGGACAAGUCAAUAGCUCUCACCUAUGAUGAGUCUAAACCACCUUACAAGAUUGGUCUUGAAAAGGCCUGGAAUUCAUGGAACACAAGCAAUCUGAAAGGUGAAACCCGGAUGAGUGAAACACUUACAGAUGAUGUUUUCAUACAGAACUUUUUGAAAGGUACCUGGGGUCUAAUGCAAGCCAGCGAUGUUGUUAUCAAGCGCCGUCACAACAUGAUACACAUUUUCAUGCACAUAUUACCAAAAAGAGAUCUACAACCCAUUUACUUUCUGCUGGGGUACUCGGAGGAGCUUCUGUCAAGUCUAUUAAAGUGUCCAGUCAAAUUAGAGCUGCAAUCUGUUCAAAAACCGCGUGAUUUGAUCUUCAAGUACAUUUAAACAAACUGACAAAUUACUAUGAGUGACAACUGUUUACAUGAAUACAUUGCCGGUACUUUAGGGUGACAAUUUAGUUGAUAAACAGCAUUUGAAGUGUUAUAAAACUGAGAAUAUGAUCUUUAUGUACAUUUAAAUAACUUGUGAAUUUUGAGUGACUUGUGGGUACAUGUAUAUAUUAUUUUAGGGUGACAUAAGUAUAUAAACACCUUUGGAAAGAUCACUAAAUACAUGUGCUACUAUCAAAACAAUAUUUGUACGCAUUUUAAUUUCAUGAUCAUCUUGCUCCCCUGAAGACUUGUAUAUUUUAUAUUCUGUCUUUUUAUGCUCCCUGCAGAAUUAAUACAGAUGUUACAAUGUCCAUAUUUAGGUUGGACAAUUAUUUUUCCAUGACAAAAAUAUGCAGUGAAAAAAAAUUCACGUUCUUUGGGUUAAAGGUCAAGGUUGCAAUUAAAGAUCAAAGGCCUUACAUUUUAGUUUCUGCUCUGUAACUUUGAAGAAAGAAUUUUAAUAUGACUUUAGAUUGUAUUCCCAAUGACCAGACAAUGUGUUGCAUGCUAUUUCCAUGGGCCUUGGUCAAUGUCAAAUUUCAAGGCCAAAGAAGGUAAAAAUUUUAUUCUGCUCUGUUAGCAAUGUUAGCAUGCAAGGUCAUAAUAUAAACAUUUUUAGCUCUGCGUUUCGGAGAAAACCCGAGGUAUUGUCAUAGCCAGCUAGUCGUGUUGUCCGACGUCUGCGUCGUGCUAACACCUUAACAUUUUGUUAAGGUUUUAAACAUUGGCUCUAAAAUCAAAUUGCUUCCACCUACAAUUUUGAAGUGAAAUAUGUAGAUGCACCUUGAUGAGUUCUACACGCCACACCCAUUUUUGGGUCACUAGGUCAAAGGUCAAGGUCACUGUUACCUUUAAAAAAAAAAAUCUGAAAGCUUUCAUUUAUUCAAAACUGCACCUGUAGCCGAGCGUGGCACCUGUUAUGUGGUGCUCUUGUUGUUAAGGAAUUCUGGUUGAAACUAGUUGUAAAUCCAUACCAAAUACAUUGUAUGUUAGGAAUUGGCUUUGCUCUUUCAGACGAGGAUUUUUAAAGAUUGUCCACAUAAAUGUCAAUAAAAAACUGGCGACUCCAGGGGUGAGGCCCAUGUUGACCCAAGAGACAUUACCUAAACAUACUUAACUUUUGUAGAGGGCCUCUAGAUGAUGAUAUGUACUACUACUAAAUAUGAAAAACGUGAGCUUUUUGUUUCAAACAAGAAUAGUGCUAAAGGUUUUUGCUAUAGAUUUUGAAGGAACUUUGAAGAGAAUCUCUUGAUGAAAGACAUACAAAUUAUGCAGCCUUUGAGCGCAAUACAAAGUUACACACUAAAAAUAAUACCUCUAGUUGAACUGGUUUCAAUCAAGCAACCUAUUGAAGUUUUCAUGUUUGAAAUCCUUUUUGGGGCUUGUGAUCUAAUUAUUCAUUGAACUUGAACAAUUUAUAUAGUUUUCAUAGAGAACCACCCAGGGGUCAUUCCUGGGAGUUUUGUCAACAUUUCUGCCAAUCAGUUCAGGCAAUGUUAAUUGAAAAAACAAUUGGAAGAGGCAUGCACAUCAUAGUAUUCCAAUAGCUAAACAUGUUGCACUCAGGCAAGCUAAAAAUUCUUUCCUCUGAAGCCACACAAUUCAGAGAUUUAAUAUUUGGUUUGUAACAUCAUAAAGAGGUCCUCUUCCUACAGGAGUUUUUCUGCUAUGUAAGAAAGGCCAUAAAACUGACCCGAUCCCAAAGCAAACAGACACGAUCCCAAACCGAAAUUAUUUAAGUUCCCAAUUUCCAAAAAAUAGUAUCUUAUGACUUAUGAUUAUUAGACUGUAUAUCUCAGUUAUUUUUAGCUCCACUGGCGAAAGGCCAGCCGGGCUUGUGUCAUGGUCCCGUGUCCGUCGUGCGUGCGUUAACUUUUCCUUUAAACAUCUCCUAAAAUACUGGUCCAGUUCUUAUGAAAUUUCUCAGGAAUGGUCCUGGGGUGAACCUCUUUUAAAUUUGUUCAAAUUAUGCCCCUGGGGUCAAAUUUGACCCUGCCCCAGGGGUAACAAAAUUGAAAGUUUGCUCAUAUAAGGCCUAUUUGGUGAAAACUUUCAAAAUCAUCUCGUCCAUAACCAUUGGGCCAAGAGCUAUCAAAUUUGGUAUGUAGAGACAUCUAAUAGUCCUCUACCAAAUUUGUUCAAAUUAUGUCCCUGGGGUCAAAUUUGCCCCUGCCCCUGGGGUCACAAAAUUGAACAUCUGCUUAUAUAGGGUCUAUUUUGUGAAAACUUUACAAAUCUCGUCCAUAACCAUUGGGCCUAGGGCUACCAAAUUUGGUAUGUAGUGGCAUCUUAUAGUCCUCUACCAAGUUUGUUCAUAUAAUGCACCUGGGGUCAAAUUUGACCCUGCCCCGAACGGUCACAAAAUUGAACAUAUGCUUAUAUUGGGCCUAUUUUGUGCAAACUUUAAAAAUCUUCUUGUCCAUAACCAUUGGGCCUAUUUCUACCAAAUUUGGUAUGUAGUGACAUCUAAUAGUUCUCUACUUAGUUUGUUCAAAUUAUGCCCCUGGGGUCAAAUUUGACCCUGCCCUGGGAGUCACAAAACUGAACAUUUGACGUUUACCAGGGGAGAUUACUGCGGCCGUGUGGCUGUGACCAACAACAACAACAACAUCUUGUAAACAUGAGAUAAAACCCUGUCAUUUAGUGCCAUUUUAGAUCAGAUGGUGACUGCUUACAAAGGAAUUUAAGUAAGAACAUUUGUUAUGCAUGUUUUUCUUAUAAACUGAAAAAAGUCGGGUUUUAUUAAAUAUGUCGAAAGUGACCAUAUACAUGUAUCCGGAUAAAAAUAUUUUGGAUGACCUGUUAAUUUCAUGUCUUUUUUGUAGUGUUUAAACCAGUUUAAUAAUAUCUUAUUGAUUUUAAAAACACAACUUCCAUGAACAUAAUUAUUUCAAGAAAAGUCAAUAUAUGAUACUGCAUGGUAAACUCAAACUUUGUAUAUACCCAAGAGAAGGUGAUGGAAUUAAUGAAGUGCGAUGUUCUUAACAAUCGUAUAUGCUGCUUUUUAAUUGCUAAUGAUUCAUUGUUCCAUUUGUGAAUUGUGACUCAUGAAUUGUGGAUAUGAUUGUCAAUUGCUCAACGAUCAUAUAUAUUUCUGACCAUUUUAUAAUUUUCUUAAUAUAAGUAUUUGAAUUGAUCUUAGAAGUCAAAUGUAUUACUUAAUUAAAUACAUUUAUAAAUAUAAAGAAAUAAUCUUUAGAUUAUCAUAAUAUUCUCAGGCCUGUUGGUCUUAGGGAUGUGUGGGUUGUUAAUUAUAUUUUGAGAUGAUUCUUUACAAAGAAAGAUGCUACUAUUGUAUUUGUUAUAAAUGUGUGAAAGGCUCUAAAAAGGAACGAACCAGAGAUUAUUACCCGGUAACCCUUUACCAAACACUAACAGGAUUUUACGGGAUUUUGAAGCUGACGACAUUAUAAAUAAUUGUGAUAAAAGGAGAAAUUGCUCAAGAUGAGCAAUUUCUCCUUUUAUAACAAUUAUUUCUACCCUACCUGAUCAUUUCCUUCAUAUUCCAUUACAAUUUAAUUGUCGUCUGCAACCUCUUUCAAAUUGGGACAGUUCAAAAUGUGUCGUUUGGUAAAGGGUUAAGGCAUUUUGAUUCUUAUGGGUCUUGUGAAACUGUUAAAAAUCAAAUGCGUAGAUUUGAUCUUCAGCAUCUAAAAAUAUGUGAAAUAGAAAGAAUGACAAUAUCUUUUGGAGAGAUAAAUGUAACCAGUUAUAAGCAAAGUACCUGUGCGACAAUUCCCGGGCUUUUUAGUCUGUUUAGUUAACACCGUAGUAACGUUUUCCAUAUAUAAAAAUGCUCACCCUUCCAACUUUAAGCGCCCAGUGGGACGAGGGAUAGAAAGUCACAUGCUUGAGUACAUUUCAACCCAUGCGCAUUGCACGCUUUUUUCGCAUAAAAAACAGUGGAGAAAUACAGAGCCAUCAUGGCCCUCUUGUUUUAAAACAACCUACAAAAUAUAUAACCAUAAUUUAUAUGAUUUUUAUCCAAAAUGGCCAGGAAAAUGUCAAUAAGUGUAGAAAAAAAUCCCAAUUUUGUCCUUUUUGUCGAUAAAAAAUUCCCAAAUUUACCACUUUUAUCGAUUUAAAAAAUCCCAAUUUGACCAGACUCCUUUUCCCAAAAUGGCGGGAAAAAACCCUGUCCUAGUUUGCUCAUAUCAUUUCAUAAUGGCCACACUUCAUAUCAAGUGGACUUUGAAAAUCUUUGACAGCUCACGUGUGAAACUAGCAGUGGUAUAAAACACAGCUUUUGAGGCUACUUAUGACAAUGGGGGCAAAAUUUAAAGAUAUGUGGCUAAGUAAGUCUAUAUAAAACAUUUCACAACACUGGUAUAGCCAAUAUUUACCCCCGCGUCAUAAUUAUACAAACCUAGUAGAAGACAACUAUUCGAUAUAACAUUCCAAAUAUUACAACUAUGAACCUUGCUCCUUUUUAGAAGCAAAUUUGUUGUAGUUAUUUAGGUAAUAAAGCCUAUAUAAACAAGUUA